GUGAACACUGAAAUCUUAGCAGACAUCAAAUACAUUUCUCAUCUUUCUGAAGGUUUUAAACUCUGAAUUAGUGAACAGUGCACUAUUAAGAUGCUGAGCUGGCGGGCGGCUUUAGGACCAAGUGUGAUGGGAAAACUCUAUACAGUAGAGAGAUAAACAGAGUCGAGUAGCAGGCAGGCAGUCAGUCCUGAGAGUCAGAGAGUCGCGCGCGCGCUGCUACUGCUGCAUCAUCAUCAUCCUCAUCGUCACAAUUCUAAUGAAUGAGAGCGAAGAGCUGUAAAGAAAAGAGCAGCUCUGUACAGUACGUGGAUGCCGAUUCGUUUUGUGGUAACGAGUAACAACAAAAAAAGGCUAGAGAUUAGCACUUUAUUUCCAGUAUUCUUUCCGGAGCAGCCAUGGAUUAUCCAGCCGGACAAACUUCCCUGACAGUACUGCUGCUUAUUUUGACAGUGAUCAGGAUCUGUUGUUCUCUCCUGGAUAGAACCGUUGAUGCAGGUUUUCCAAUGCAUUCAAAUCCUCAUCACAUCAGUUCAGCCGAAUCAAGCCAAGCCUUUACAUCCUGCGAUUUUGAAUCUCCAUGUUCCUGGAGCAUGUCCAAUCACAGUGCUUAUGGAGACUGGUAUGUCACAUCGCCUGAGCAGCACUGGGCCGGCCGUCGGGAUGUCCAACCAAUCACAGAUCAUUCUAAUGGAGAUUCUAAAGGCCACUUCCUGGUUCUGAGGCCUGGCUCUGCCCUGUGGGGUUAUGGGAUUUGCACAUUUCACAUUGCAAGUCCUGUAGUUCUAAGCAGUGGCCCAAGGUGUCGUCUUCAUUUGGCUUGCUUCCAGCCAGAACCAAGAACAGGAAACUUGUCUAUCUCCAUUAGACUCACAGAUUCUGCUGUCAUCAACUCACUUACCCCUGUCAGCAGGGAAAAAGCCGACACUAGGGCAUCUUGGGAGGUAUUGUGGGUAUCAAUAGGGAAAAUUGACCAGCCCUUCCACAUAAUAGUGCAGUACACUUCUUGUAGUGGUCAAGAUCUUGGACUAUUGGCCAUUGAUUCAUUGGAGCUGAUGGACUGUAACAAGGAAAGCACAGUUUUGGAGGAGAGUGUGCCAGACUGUGAUGAGAACUCAGCUGUUCGUUGUGAUUUGGGUGGCUGUAUAGAUAAAAGCAAAGUGUGUGAUUUUCACAGUGAUUGUCCUCUAGGCGAGGAUGAAGGACUCAUUUGUGAUACAUUGCCAUUAGGGUCAUACUGUUCAUUUGAGUUAAGCUCCUGUGGGUGGACAGUUUCUGAUACGCAGUCUUCUUGGAACCUUGCCAGUGGAGAACAAUUAUCCAGAAGUACUGAGCUAUUAGGAACAACACUCCAAAACACUCAAGGACAGUUCCUGUUUCUGAAGGUCAGAGGCCAUGCAAAUGGAAAUGAAGCAUCAAUUUACAGCCCUGCACUUCCUUUGACUCUGUCUAGGCAAAAUUGUCAGCUGCACUUCUCCUUGUACCUGUAUGGGGAUUUUAACGGCACAGUUCGUCUGUCGGUGGUAGAGAACGGUUCUUCAGUGACCCCUUUAGUGUGGGAGAGGGCUGGACACUGGAAGGACAACUGGCAAGAUGUGACUCUACAGAUCACUGACCUUCUAAAUGGGAUCCAUCUGAGAGUGCAAGCCCUUUGGGAAACUGACUCGGAAGCUGACGUUGCGCUGGAUAAUAUUUCUUUAAGUGCUACAUGUUUUGACACAGAUCUAAAAGCUUUGCUUCUUGGCCAUCAACAUGACCUGGACUCCAUCAGCCAGUUAGAUAUCCUGAGUCCUCUUCCUGAGCCUUCUGCUUUAGAGGUAUCUCCAAUGACAUGGUUGUUCACCUCAUGUGGGGCCAGUGGAUCCCGGGGCCCUACUCAAGCGCAGUGUGACAGUGCCUAUCGCAACGCUGAUAAUAAUGUGCUGGUUGGAAAAGAAGGCCCUCUUAGAGGUGUUCAGAUGUGGAAGGUGCCUGCUACCAACAGAUACAAAAUCUCAGCAUAUGGUGCUGCAGGAGGCAAAGGGGCAAAAAACCAUAACAAACGCUCGCAUGGUGUCAUCAUUUCAGCCAUCUUCACACUAGAGAAAGGAGACACCCUCUAUCUUCUGAUUGGUCACCAAGGGGAAGAUGCUUGCCCAGGGAGGAACCCUCUGACUCACAAGAUUUGCCUAGGUGAGUCAUCAGUGAUUGAGGACAGGUCUGAAGGUGACAGAUCUGCUACGGAAUGGGCCGGGGGUGGAGGCGGUGGUGGGGGCGCCACGUUCAUUUUCCGCAUGGAGAAUGGGGAGCCAGUGCCUCUUCUGAUAGCAGCAGGUGGAGGAGGAAAGGCUUAUCUGGAGGACCCUGAGAGCAGUUUGGAUCAGAUCCCUUUGGAACAGUAUGAGAAUGACACAGUGGCUCCUGGAAUCAACGGCAAAACUGGCGCUGCAGGAGGGGGAGGUGGUUGGAAAGCCUCCACUACUCACCUGUGGGCAGGAAAAUCUCUUUUUGAAGGGGCUGAAGGCGGCUCACCUUGCCCUCAGGCCCUGUCUAAACUCGGCUGGGCAACCUUCGGAGGGUUUGGAGGAGGAGGAGGAUCCUGUACUGCUGGAGGAGGAGGUGGAGGAUACAGAGGUGGUGAUGUGUCCCAGGCUGAUGACCUCACAGCAGAUGGACAGGAUGGCAUUUCUUUUGUCCACCCUUCAGCAGAGCUGUUUCUGCAGCCUCUGGCAGUUAUGGAGAGUCAUGGAGAAGCUGUAAUUGAAGUGCACCUGAACUGCAGCCACUGCCAGUCUCAAAGCUGCAAACGUGAUAAAGAUAUCAGGUUCAUUAUCUGCCUAUGUCACAAUGAUGAGAAUCUUGCUCCAGACAAUGUUAGCUGUAUAGCAGAAACACAGGGUUCCAUGGUCACUGGACACCCGUCCUUGUCUCUGGUAGUGGCGGUUGUGGCGUCCGCUGUGGUGACGGGUGUCGUGUUGACCUGUGCUUGCCUCACUCUCAUGUACUACCGCAAGAAGAACCAACUCCAUGCAGUCCGGCUUUGUUUACAGAGCCCCGAGCAUAAGCUGAGCAAGAUUCGCUCCUCCAUCAUAAUGACAGACUACAACCCAAACUAUUGCUUCGCUGGCAAAGCCGCCUCACUGUGUGAGCUAAAGGAGGUUCCACGCAAGAACAUCACCCUCCUCAGGGCUUUAGGACAUGGUGCUUUUGGGGAAGUGUAUGAAGGUCAGGUUCUGGGUAUGAACGGAGACAACACUGCCAUGCAGGUUGCUAUCAAGACUCUUCCAGAAAUCUGCUCCGAGCAAGAUGAGAUGGAUUUCCUCAUGGAGGCACUAAUUAUGAGUAAGUUCAACCAUCAGAACAUAGUGAGCUGUAUUGGAGUCAGUCUUCAGAUUCUGCCCAGAUUUAUUCUUCUGGAGCUCAUGACUGGAGGUGACAUGAAGAGCUUUCUAAGACAGAACCGCCCCAGAGCUAAUCAGCCCUCAUCUCUGACUAUGCUGGAGCUGCUGCACAUGGCCAGAGACAUUGCGUUCGGCUGCCGAUACCUGGAGGAAAACCAUUUCAUUCACAGAGACAUUGCUGCACGGAACUGCCUCUUGACUUGUCCUGGUCCAGAGCGAGUAGCCAAAAUUGGAGAUUUUGGAAUGGCUCGUGAUAUAUACAGGGCCAGUUAUUACAGGAAGGGUGGACGUGCCAUGCUGCCAGUUAAAUGGAUGCCACCUGAAGCUUUCCUUGAGGGCAUUUUCACUUGCAAGACUGAUACGUGGUCAUUUGGUGUACUGCUGUGGGAGAUUUUCUCCUUGGGCUACAUGCCUUAUCCCUGUAAGACCAAUCAGGAGGUACUGGAGUUUGUGACCAGUGGAGGACGCAUGGAUCCACCUAAGAGCUGCCCAGGACCAGUUUACCGGAUUAUGACACAGUGUUGGCAACACUGCCCAGAACAUCGCCCAAACUUCUCCGCUAUUUUAGAGAGGAUCAAAUAUUGUACUCAGGAUCCUGAUGUUAUAAAUACACCCCUUCCAGUGGAGUAUGGGCCAACUGUGGAUGAAGAGAGCAGCACAGUGAUUCGUCCAGUAGCAUCUGGCAGCCUGACUCCUCUUCUAGUUAGCCGAUCACUGGAUGCGCCUGUAGUGCAGCCUGCGAUCUUUACUCCACUCCCUCAGGUCCAGAAACCCUGCCUGCUGUUACAGCGACCAUCCCAAUUACCUCAGGACAUGGCGCCACGUGAAGCUUUGGAGCCUUUUUGGGUUGAGUCGCCUUCUGAUUCUGGAGCAUGCUCAAGCUCUUGGUUGCAAGUUCCAGCGCACCAACCAUGCUCCAGGUCUAGCUCCUCUUCAGGAAGCCAAAAGCUAAAAAACAACACCAAGAACCUUUGGAACCCCACUUAUGGUUCAUGGAUUCUGGAGAGCUUUGGGAGGACAGCACUGUCUCACACCCAAUCCAUGCCUUUGUCCUCUACCACCACUGCUCUGUCUCAUUCUACCUUAACUUCAGAACAUAACAACGCUGGAAUGGGAGAUAAUGCAUCACCAUGCUUAAAUGCAUCACCUGCCCCCUCUCAAAUGAGCGUGAGUCCUCAAGGGUCUUUGAGUCUCACUUCAAAAAAAAUGCAGGCUAGGGCUAUAGGGAGCUCUCUUGCUGCUGUUAUGGACUUGGCUAAGCUCCAGGUCUUCCCUUGUGGCAAUGUAAAUUACGCAUAUGAUGAGCAGAGAUUUGAAGCUGAGGGGCUACCCCUGGUAGUUGCUAGGUCUCAAAAAGCCAGCAGUAGUUCUGCAGCGAGCUCCUCUCUAACAGCACUGGGCGUUUCCAAUACACACAAACCACUGGUCAAGCGUCAUGCCAGUUAUGGACAUGAAGAUAUCAGAAGGCAUAGCAAGCCAGAGAAACCCACACGGGACCGAGACUCAGGCUUCUCUUUGUCAGAAGAUCUUACUGUUACUCCUGUGUAGCAGUUUUAGAUGCUGAACUCAAGCCAGAUAUAAUACUGAAAAAAAACAAAGUAUUCCUCUUCAUUCAGGUUGCCUCUUCUAGAUCUAAAUAAAUUGGGAGGCCAGCAAUGCUCCUGCAGGUUUAAAAGAACAGAAAACAAGACUAAGAUAGUUCCAUAUUUCUUUUUGUGUAAAAAGAUAUUAUGGCAUCCAUAUAAAUGGGUCAUUCAAAACAAGCAUCUUGUGCAUAUUACAGAAGUGUUUAAACAUCAAUCGAGGAGCAAAUCAGCUGGAGUUUUUUCACAAACCUGUCCUCAUGUGGCAUAAGUGGCAUCAUAGAAACAUUGGAGUCUUUUUUCUCAAAAAAAUCACAAGAUCUGUGAGAAUUUGGACUUUUUUCAGUUCAUGUGCAACUCAAAACAGACACAAACCAAUUCUUGGGAAAUGUUGUAUCUUAAGUGGGUUAUGACUGCAUUCUUUACUGUGGAUAAUUCCUAAGAACAAUUUCAAAUCAAUGGGCAUUCCUUGUGUCCCCUGUCCACUCAAUAGGUUUUGGAAUCAUUCACAUGUUCCCCAUUGUUUUGGCACCCCUGGUGCAGUGUAUAGCAUGCAGAUGACAGACUGCAUUGCUUACAGGAAUAAUAUCUAUGUAGUCUCUCUAAUGUUUCUAGCAUGUUGAAUCUGGUGUUAUUAUUUGGGUUCACACAUUUACGGGUGGUAUGUGUGUACACUGGGGGUCCUGAAGAACAGGUUGUGUUGCACCCUAUAAUACUUGGAGAACUCACUAUACCAAAUCUUCAAAUCAAUGACAGGUUUUUGCUACCUGUAUUCAAAACCAGAUUCAUGUAAAUGAAUACGUAUGAAAGAGACUGUGCUAAAGCAGUAGCUUUAAAAAAAAAAAAAAAAUAUAUAUAUAUAUAUA